AUGCCCUUCGUCCAGAAAGAAUUCACCACGCCACCACCACCUCCCGCACCGGGAACUCCCCCAGACUCGGCCUCCGUAAAGCCAUGGUAUUCCGUCGCCGCAGGCAUCUGGGAGCUACGCUUGAAUGGAGACGCAGACCAUAAAGCGGUGCUACAAUGGUGGGAGCCAAACGUUACCACGGCGAAUACGCCAAUUACGCAUCCUUACAUCGAAGAGGUAUGCUUCCUCAAGGGAGGACUGACGGAUCUUCGGCUCGAACAAUCAUGGGGUGUUGGUGCAUAUGCCUAUCGCAAUCCUGGGAUGGAACAUGGACCUUAUGGGGCUUCAGAGGAGGGAUGUUUGAUGUUUGCUAAAGUGGUGCCUGCGUCUGCUGCUGUAAAUUGA